GCGAGCGCGUCAUUGUUUUGAAGAUAGGAGGGACCGUGUUUUGGCGAAACGUCAGGGUGGUAGGAAGAGUCCAAACCGUGAAUGCGGCUAGAGAGCUGGGCAACUGCGGAAGGAGGCGAGGAAACGGCCCAACCGUAGCCAGUAUCCCCCUACCCGCCGCUAUCUGUGCGGCAAUCUAUGGACAGUGUAAGCCUACGGGGAUGCCACUGCAACGUUAAUCCUAUUCACAGCUAAAUCGGACCUAAAACAGACUCAACCAUGGCCACAGAUAGCUGUCUGUUUAUGUGGUCUGAUCAGUGUGUCUUUGUGUGUCCUCUCUCCUUCACAGUCACACCAGAGGCCAUCGGCUUCCUGUCUGCGGUAGGUGUCUUUGUGGUGUUUCUGGCCGUCCUCUUCCUCUUCAUCAAUAAGAAGCUGUGUUUCUCCCGCGUUGGGGGUCUGCCCUGUCUGGAGCAGCAUGGCCGCGGUAAACGCUCCCGCAGCAGGCCCGGAGUCCGCCAAGGGCUGGUGAACAGCUACGGGGAUGGUGAGGAUCAGUCCAGCUCAUCGGAUAGUGAGGACGAGAUAGUGAAGCAGUUUGAGAUCUCCGUGUCUCGCUCUCAGAGCCUCCGCUCUACAGGGCCCACCAGGGUUGUAGCCCAGGCUGCACCGGGAAAACGCCACAAGUUCACCCGCCUACUCUCUGACCAGGAGGAGGGCAGCACAGAGCCCUCAGACUGCGAAGACGUGGACGGAGACGUGAGCAGGCUGAGUUACCAGAACCCCCUAUCGUAUGGGGAUGAGAAGCGGGGCUCCCUGGGGUCCCAGGAAACGGCUGAGGGUCUGGACGGCCCACCACGGGAGGGCUCGCUGGACACAGGGGGAAGCCCGGCCCCCAACAUGAGUCGCCAGGCCACCGAGAGGAGCCUUGAGAUGGAGACAGCCGUGGACAACCAGGGUGAUGACAACAACGACCCCACAGACAGCGCCUCCACAUGGAGCCCAGAGCAGGAGCAUCCUCCUGUGGAGGAGGUCCUCUCUUGCCCCCCUAGCUCCACCUCACACCCCCCUAUCACCAAAUGUGGUGACCUCGAGGUCACCCUGGACUACAAGGCCGCCUCUCAGAAGCUGUUUGUUACCGUUGUGACCGCGCGGGACAUCCCAGACAAAGGGCGCAGUGGGAUGGACUCGUGGCAGGUGCACGUGGUCCUGCUCCCGGCAAAGAAGCAGCGCCAUAAAACCUCCGUCCAAAAGGGGUCCGUGCCUGAAUUCAAUGAGACCUUCCGCUUUUCACAUCUGGAGCCCUCGGAGCUGGGUGCCUCUGCCCUGCGCUUCCGCCUCUACGCCCUGGGGGGCCGGAUGUCCCGCGAGCGCAUGAUGGGGGAGAAGGUGGUCCGCCUUGGGGGGCUGAGCCCAGAGGGGGGAGAGAUGGAGACCAUGCUAGUGCUGGAGCCCCGCAGCAACAUGAAGAGUGUUGACUCUCAGGUCAGUCUAGUUGGGGUGUCCCAGAGUGACAGUGCAUCCUCCACCCAGUCUCUGACCCACGGGGGCGUCCCUGAGCUGCUGGUGGGCCUGUCCUACAACGCCACCACCGGACGCCUCUCUGUGGAGCUCAUCAAGGGAAGCCACUUCCGCAACCUGGCCAUCAACAGGCCGCCCGACACCUAUGGGAAGCUGACUCUGCUCAACUCGGUGGGCCAGGAGAUCUCCAGGUGUAAGACGUCAGUGCGGCGGGGGCAGCCCAACCCUGUCUACAAGGAGACCUUUGUGUUCCAGGUCGCCCUGUUCCAGCUGUCUGACGUCACCCUCAUGGUGUCCAUCUACAACCGCCGCAGCAUGAAGCGUAAGGAGAUGGUGGGCUGGCUCGCCCUGGGCCAGAACAGCAGCGGGGAGGAGGAGCAGCUGCACUGGCUGGACAUGAAGGAGUGUAAAGGCCAGCAGGUCUGUCGCUGGCACGUCCUCCUGGAAGCCUAGAAGCCAGGAUGGAGAGGAGAGGAGAGGACGGGAAGGAAUCCCCACCACUUACCCAGUCAUUAAGGGCCCAAUUCCGACUUAGGAAAUUACGCCUUUCUUACUCACUACUUUCCUACGCACUUCUCAGUAGUUGGUAUUCAGACUUACCUUAUGAAGGUGCGAACAGGGCUUUGCAGGCGUUCCCUUGCACGUGCUGAAUAAAUGUAAUUCAACCACUGAAAACCCUCGCACUUCCUGGCCAACAGAUUUUCAUUCAAUAGGGGUUUCAGUACAUUUAUCUUAAGCCAUCUCUUUAAAUACGGUCUACCUUGUAGUUUGAAUUUUGUCGAAAGACUCAAUAGAAUAUAUCGAGAAAACGGGUUCAGAAUAUUAGGGAUCAAUGAUAGGCCAUCUAAAUAUAUGCAUAUUCGUCUCUGUUUCAGCACCAAUUGGUUGAUUUAAAGAUACUCUGAUCUUGUAAAUAAUUUAGGUCUAGGAAAGUAUUUAUUAAUCAUAAAAAACAGGUUUAGAGAGCCUUUACACACAAAAGAAAGAAAACGGUGGUUUGAUUCAUUCUUAAAAUUGUUAACCCAUGGUAAUGUUGGAAGAUUAGUGUACAUAGAAUUAUAAUAGGGAGAAUAGUGUACAAUAGUAGGCUAUAACCUUGUCUAUUGCCUGCACUAUAAUGGAACUGUGUGAUGACACAGCCAAGUAUUGUGCCAUGCGACACUUACGGCUUGGUCUGCGCCCUGAUCCAUAAUGAUUUAAUUAGCCUACAUAUCUUUUUAAAAAUAUUAUCAACUGUUACUAAUGAUCCUCAGCAACAACCACACGGCCGUGACAGCAUUUACAGAGGAAGCAAAUGAAGGUAAACGAAACGAUGUCAUUAAAUGGAAUGAUAAUGUAGGCUAUACCAACUGAAGGGAACUAACAGUAAAUUGCCAGGAGAAUAUGUGUUGUUAUUAGGCCAUUUUUCUCCCCAAUUUUGUGGUAUCCAAUUGGUAGUUACAGUCUUGUCCCAUCGCUGCAACUCCCGUAC